AUCAUCCUUUGUGUGUUCGUUGUGCACAAAGCAUACUUUUGUCAUGAAUAGCUUAUUUAUAAAGACUCAUCUUAUUUACUGUUUUAGAAUUCAACAAGCCUCCAACAGACCUUCUUACUUAUCUCUCCUUGAUUUCUUCUUCUAAUGUAUAGGUUUUAGGUUGCUACAACAAGUGAUCAAGUCUCUUGGCGAUUAAUCAUGGCGUGUAGUUGUAUAUCCAUAAUGAAUACUCCUAUGAACAGAACCUCUAAAGAUGCCUGGAUGGAGCAAGACAACUUUCGGAGGUCAUUUCCAAGCAAAGGGACUCGUGAAAAAGCUCAAAUGAGAAGAUCCUAUUCCGAUAAUCACCUGUCUUGUCGUGCUAAUCGUAUCCAGAGUUUAGAAACUCAUCCAAAAUUGAAGAGUAGUCGUUCUACAGGAGGUCCCUUUAAAAUUCAGUUGUCAAGUUCGUUCCUCCCUGAUUCUCUUCGGUCAUUCCUGUUUGAUAUCGAGACCAGUAAGGAUAUUAACAUAGACGAUGUUAUCUUCGAGAGUGGUCAUGAUCAUGACAACGAAGGGAUAGAGACUGAGGAAGAGACAAAAAGGUCCAAUUGGAUUCGAAGGCUCGUGGAGCUAAAGAGAAAUUGGAUAAAGAAACAGAAGGAUGAUGAUGCAGAGAUACGUGAAGACAACCUGGAGAAUAGUGGUGAAGACUGCGAGGAGGAAGGUUGUGAAGUAGACUAUGAGGAUGACAAUGAGGAAGCUGACGAGAUGAACAUUGAUAGAGAAUCAUUCUCCAGGUUGUUAAGGCGAGUUUCAUGGUCAGACUCCAAGCUUUUCUCUAAGCUGGCAUUCUUAUGCAACAUGGCUUAUGUUAUUCCCGAGAUCAAGGCCAGGGAUUUAGAAAGAUGCUAUGGUCUGGACUUUGUAACAUCUUCCUUGGUGAAAAAAGCAGAAGCUAUGGCUAUCAAAGCCAAGUUCGACAAGGAUUCAAUUCGUGUGCCAGUAACAUCAUCAGAUACUUCAUUGCCUAAUCCAGAUAAAACAGAGGAAAUUGAGCAUAAGCGUCUACCUCCGCCAUUAGUUGCUUAUGAUAUAGCAGCCUCGGCAGCAUCUUAUGUCCAAUCCCGUGCUAAGGGCCUAUUAUCAGUUGGCAGUGAGUCCAAAUUGGUAGUUGAUGAUGCGACCUUGAAAGCUAACAAAGGGUGUUCCGCAGAUGAAAAAGACAACUCUUCCCAAAGAGUAUACAAGUCAGAGAUGGCUGCAUAUGUAGCUGCCUCAACAAUGACAACAAUGGUUGCUGCUGAUGAGAAACAAAAGCUGGAGGCAGCAAGGGACCUUCAAUCACUUCAGUCCUCACCUUGCGAAUGGUUUAUUUGUGAUGACUUGACCACAUAUACUCGCUGUUUUGUUAUUCAGGGAUCAGACUCAUUGGCUUCAUGGAAGGCAAAUCUCUUCUUUGAACCCUGCAAAUUUGAGGAAAUGGAUGUGUUGGUUCAUCGAGGAAUUUAUGAAGCUGCAAAAGGAAUUUAUGACCAAUUCAUGCCAGAGAUAAUGGAGCAUCUGCAGAGGUUUGGCAACAAGGCAAAGUUUCAGUUUACUGGCCAUUCUCUUGGAGGAAGCCUCUCACUUCUGGUCAAUUUAAUGCUGCUAACUCGGAAGGUCGUCAAACCAUCCUCUCUUCUACCAGUUGUCACUUUUGGAUCACCAUUUGUGUUCUGUGGUGGUCAAAAGGUGCUCAAUGAUUUGGGUUUAGAUGAGAAUCAUGUGCAGAGUGUGAUGAUGCAUAGAGACAUUGUUCCGCGGGCAUUUUCAUGCAACUACCCAAACCAUGUGGCCCAAGUCCUCAAACGUUUAAAUCGUACAUUCAGAUCCCAUCCUUGUCUGAAUAAGAAUAAACUUCUAUACUCUCCAAUGGGAAAGAUAUUCAUCAUCCAGCCUGAUGAGAAGUCAUCUGCCCCUCACCCUCUGCUUCCUCCAGGCAGUGGCAUUUAUUCCCUAGACAGCACCAGUUGUGCAUUUACUAGGAGAGCUCUCAGAGUCUUUUUGAAUUCUCCACACCCAUUAGAGAUUCUAAGUGUCCCUACAGCAUAUGGUUCUGGUGGUACAAUCCUCAGAGACCAUGACUCGAGCAAUUAUCUGAAGGCUGUGAACAACAUUAUAAGGCAACGCACAAAACUACUUGUCCGGAGAGUAAGAAAACAGAGGAACCUGAUUUGGCCGUUAUUGGCUUCACAAUCUCCACAUGCAUGGAGCCAUGAGCGUGACAUAGAAUAUAGAGGAAUAUUAAGAAAGGAAAUAAUGUCAAGCGUUUGAUUUCCUAGUGAGAAUUCAUACCCCUCCAGUGAGCCUUCUCAUGCCCCAGACCUGCCAAAUUAUAAAUCUAUUACAAAAGCUCAACCUCAUUUGAGAAUUGUUCUACCCAAUUAGAACCUGUAAGUUAUCCUGCAACCUAUGAUCUUUAGGGAACUAUAAGAGGGAGAGAUGGUUCAGCCUAUUAUAAUUUAUAUGAAGACUGUCAAUGUAUCUUAUAGCAACAAAGCACAUAAGCAAAGGAGCUUGGUUUGACUACUUUGGUGCAUGAUAUCAGUAGCCAUACUUUGGAAAAGAAGAAUGGCUAUAGUUAUUACUGAAAUCACAAGAGGGAGUACAUGAAAUGUUGUCAAAUUAUAUCAUCUUCUAUAUAGUCUACCGAGUCAAAACACCUUUUCAAGUAAUUGUAUCAUGGAAAUAGUUGUUUAUAGUGUAAAUAAAGUGUCAACUUGUGACUUGUGAAGUCUUACUUGAAAACUAGUGAUAAGAAUUUCGUAAGCUCCUCUCAUCAUACACACAGUAUGGGAUCACAGGUUCAUAAUGCUCUCCUCAUCACAAGUCACAACCAAGAAGCUAUACUAAAUUGUCCUACAUUGUUCAGCGUUGUUUCAAGUACCCAAUGUGAACACUGCAUCCAUACAAAGCACAGACGUGUUACUGUCAUAGAAACCCACACUCCUUUCAGAAAUGAAAAGAGAACGUUUCAAGAGUUUGUCAAAGUGCACAACAUAUUCAAAAGGUGAUGUCUGUAUCUGUAUAAUUUUAUAUUUAUGAGAAGCAGUGCUCUCUUUCAA